CCCUUUUACUUGUCCUUCAGUUGCAGUUUCAUUUUCACAGAAAUCUUUUGCAGCUGUCAAAUCCUCACAAAAACAUCCUAAUUUUAGGAGUUUGUGUUUCAAACAGGUCCAGAAUCCGAAGAGAAACAGCAGUGAAGAGACUGCCCAAGGAGAAGACAUCCCAUAAUAAUGCAGAGAGGUUGUGGACUGACGGGGGACUGCCCCACCUACUAAUCCUCACUUGAUAUGAGCAGGAGGCUGUGGAGCUGGAGAGGUGCCAUGCGCCUAGGUCAGCCGGCCAUGGUGAGGUUGGGCUGCCACAGGGAGGAUCACCAGCAGCCCAUUGGGGUGAGGAGCCUGAAGGCCCACUGCUGACCUCAGAGGACAGCAACCACGGAAGCAUACCUCACCACACCCUCUCAGACAAGCAGGCACCAGCACAGAUACCAACACCUCGGUGGGCAUUGGAUCAUUGGAUAGUAUCUCAAUGCACAGAGAGAUCAAAUGGCCCAGUCUACUCUCUCCCAGCUCUUCACUGUUCAGGAGAGCAGGAACCUGCAAUCUAUGUAUAACACGGGGGAAUUGGAAGGAGUAAUUCUUCAGAUAAAGAGUAAGUCAGACAAUUUAGACAAUGUGCAGCUUAACAUUGCCGUGCUGGGUGAUGUGGGCUCAGGGAAAUCCACCUUCAUCAAUGCUAUGAGAGGUCUUCGGAGCAGUGAUCACGGAGCUGCUCCAACUGGGAAUGAAGAAACGUGGAUGGAGCCAACCAAGUAUCCCUGUCAGGAUCUGCCUAAUGUUCAACUCUGGGAUCUUCCAGGAAUGAAUUCCUUUGGUUUUGAAUUAAAUAAUUACCUAAAGAAGGUGAAGUUUGAAAGCUUUGACUUUUUCAUCAUUGUGUCCCAGGCCCGAUUCAGAGAGAACGAUGGAGAGAUUGCGAAAAAGAUUCAAGAACAAGGCAAAGAGUUCUAUUAUGUCCGAUCCAAAAUAGACAAUGAUGCUUAUUCACUGAAGAAGCAAGGUGCUGAUCUUAAUGAAGGGUGGAGGACAAUCCGCAGGGACUGUAUCAAUAACUUCCAAACUGUUGGGGUUACACCACCAGACAUUUUUCUCAUCUCUAGUUUUGACCUGGAGGAAUAUGACUUCCUGAGAUUAAAGUCCACCCUCACCAGGGAUCUCCCGAGCAUUAAAUCAAAUGUUCUCUCACUCUCAGUCCCAAAGAUUAUGCUGGAUGUUACAGAACCCAAAAGAAGAAUGUUGAUGAAGAGAGUCUGGUUAUUGGCCAUUCUGGCUGGAGCAGUGGGUGCAGUGCCAGUGUCAGUGCCAGUGCCAAUGUCAGUACCAGUGCCAGUGCCAGUGUUGUCUGUCAUUACCAUCAUUGGGUUGACAGUUGCUGGUCGGAUCUACCUCCAGAAACAGCUGGGACUCAGUGACAAGCUUCUGCAAAGCCUGGCCAGCAAAGUCGCUAAACCCAGUUCAGUUCUGAAAGCUGAAAUGAAUCAUCGAUUGCCAAGGAAGAUGCCACUAGCAGUUACCAAUGUACUGUUAGGAAUCACCAUCGUCACCUGCAUGAUAACUGGGAUCAAAUACAGCUUCAGUCCAGUGAUGCUCUCUAUCUUUGGGGCCGUGUCGUCCUUUGCUCUUACCUACAAGUUACUGAAGGAUUCACUGAAAGACCAUUUGGAAACUGUACAGUGCCUGGUGAAGAGUGCACUGAGCAGAGACUGACAUGAUUCCCCGCACAUUACACCAAUUAACAUUACUCCUCAGUUUGUAGAGACUGUAGUGAUGUUUGAUCUAGAAUAUUACAGAUUAACCUGAUCAGGUCAGGGGUCAAAUUCAUUUUCUAUUCUGGGCCUAAUCCAAUAGCGUGGUAUUUGUUAUUAUGAAUCUUUAUUAAAAUAGAAAUGGAUGAUGAUAAACUGUAUGGAUACUUGCCUGCAUUUAGAUUUAAUUUACUGUUUCUGCUGCCACUGAUACCUGGCACCUCUUAGCUUGAACCUUUGCAUCAAUAUUUGGAGCGAAUGUUUGGACUGAGGUUGGUCUUGGAUAAAAACAUGAGGAUUACAUGUCACUAUUGAACUUUGUACCUUAAUCACUGACCCUGGAAGUGAAUCCCAGAGCUUCACAACGCCCUGUGUGAAGAGGUUUCUCUUAAUCACUAUUCUAAAUCUCUUACAUUUAAUUUUGUCUCUAUGGCUCUUUGUGUUUGAUCCCUUGACCCCUGGAAGAGCCUGCUUCUAUCUAACCCAUUCCACCUUUCACCAUUUUAAACAUUUCUAUAGUAUCACACAGGAAUGUGCCAUUACUUUGAGAAAGAGGAGUCCUAACAGAAAGGACACAAAGUUAGAUUGAGCCUAAGACUGAGCCACCUAGCUCAUUGGACAGGAAUACACUUGUCUUGUUUAACAUCUGUAUUCCUGAUCAGUUAUGCAACUACAAUUGCUGACUUUGUGAUCAUUAACUAUAAACUUAGUGAUUUUUAACUAUAAACCACCAGCACAUAACACUCUUUGCUGUACACACCUUGUAAAUAUUAUCCCUGAGUCCUCCAGAAUAAGGAGGGAAACGACAAGAAGAGGGGAAGAAAGGGUUCUUCCUUCCCUUGGCAAUCUCAGUGUUUUACUCUGUAACAUUUACUGUCCAAAUAAAGUACCUUCCUUCAGGCUUU